GCGAAGGCUGAGCACGCAGACCGGACCCCACAGGAAGGAAAAAUGGCCAAUUUCGCAGGAAACUGGAAAAUGAAAAGCAGCGAGAAUUUCGAUGAGUUGCUGAAAGCUCUGGGUGUGAACGCCAUGCUGAGGACCGUAGCUGUGGCCGCCGCGUCCAAGCCCCACGUGGAGAUCAAGCAGAACGGCGAGCAGUUCUACAUCAAGACCUCCACCACAGUCCGCACCACGGAGAUCAACUUCCUCAUUGGUGAGGAGUUUAAUGAGGAGACGGUGGACGGCAGAAAGUGUAAGAGCUUGGCCACUUGGGAAACAGAAAACAAGAUUUACUGCAAACAGACUCUGCUGAGCGGGAACGGCCCCAAGACCUUCUGGAGCCGAGAGCUCCGAGGGGAGGAACUCGUGCUGAUCUUUGGAGCGGACGAUGUGGUGUGCACAAGGAUCUACGUACGUGCGUAGCAGAGCUCCAUGUCCAACACAUAAUCAGUCAGUGUGAGAAAUUUCACAUAAAAAUCUCCGAUGGUGUUUCUCACAUUCAGUGUUUCGCAUUUUCUUUUUUUCCAGCUGCUUUUUUACCCCAUUUUUGUACAUAAUUUUUCUUGCAUUGGAAAUUAAAUGAUCAAAGUAUGAUUUCUUUUU